AUGGAGCUUCUCCUGUCGUUUCUAUUCGCUCUGUUUUUCACGUCUGGAGUGAUUUCAGCUCCAACAUCCCAUCAACACAAGGGUAGGUCCUAUAAAGUUGGGCGCAUCCGAGCUGGUAAUGGCGCAGUGGAUGGCCCUGUCGCCUUGCGCAAAGCAUACCGCAAAUAUAACAUUAUCCCAUCCGACCUGGGCGUGGAUCUACCGGAUUUUAAGCCCCUAUCCACCAAGCCUGCAAGUGCCAACAAGCUGGUCUCUGAACCAGAGAAAUCGGGGUCUGUCAGCGCGGUUUCUGUGGCGGGGGAUGUUGCAUUUGUUUCUCCGGUUACUGUUGGGGGACAGAAGCUUGUUCUAAAUCUUGAUACAGGUUCCGCGGAUUUUUGGUUGAUGAAUUCAAGGAUUCCAAAAGGGGCUAUUAGGGACCGCACCCGGUUGUUUCAUCCGGAGAAUUCAUCUACAUUUGAGGAUAUGCCGGAUGCGAGCUUUGAUGUCUCUUACGGCGAUUCGUCGUAUGCGUUUGGUCGCGUGGGAACGGACACUGUCAAUAUGGGGGGUGCGAUUGUUAAGAAGCAGGCUAUUGGUCUUCCAGACCAGGUAUCUGAUUCGCUUAUCGGGGAAACCUACGAUGAUGGGCUCGUUGGCUUGUCUUUCUCGUCUAUCAACACCGUUCGGCCACAGAGACAGAAGACGUUCUUUGAAAAUGUCGCCAAAGAUCUUGACGUGCCUGUUUUCACAACCGCACUGAAGAGCUCCGGCGUGGGAGAGUACGAGUUCGGAGCCAUUGAUCAUAGUAAAUACACGGGGGAUAUCUCGAACGUGACUGUCGACCCCUCCAGGGGGUUCUGGGAAUUCGAGGCUGCUCAUUUUGCUGUCGGGAAUGGGACCGUACGAAGCACCAAGACUAAGCCUACUGCGAUUGCGGACACCGGAACCUCCCUCAUGUUGCUCGACCAAGAAGUGGUCGAUGCCUACUAUAAGCAAGUCCCAGGCGCAGUAUUUGCAAGAGGUGCCAGCGGUUACAUUCAUCCUUGCAAAGCUGAUAUGCCAAACCUUUCAAUUGCCGUCGGGCCCAAACACCUGGCCACAGUACCCGGCCACUUUCUUUCAUUCUCUGUGGUCGGCACCAAUAUAACGACCGGAGAAAAAGUUUGCUACGGAGGUGUCCAGUCUAACCAAGGUGGUCGGAUGCAGAUCCUGGGUGAUGUGUUCCUCAAGGCCUUCUUUGUGAUCUUCGACCUGCGAGGGCCAUCACUUGGGAUUGCCUCCCUAAAGCAACCGGUUUAA